AAGGUAUCGAAUAUAUAAACAAACUCAGUUUACAAGUUUUGUGGUUUUAGGGGCGGCAGGCGUAAACAAACUUUCAGUCAUUAUUUUUAAUUUAAUAUUGUAGUAAAAUCUGGCUAAAAUGGCCAACAGCAAAGAGAUGUGCCUAAGAGAAUGGGCGCCACUUACCGAAGUAAUGGAGCUUAUUCCAGCAGCACGGCGGGGUUUCUUUCCCUCAAACUUAAAUAUUACCUGUGUGGAUGCUAUUGAAGACUUCCUUGCUUUGGGUAGCGACGCGGGUAUAGUCUUCUGGUAUAAUCGUCGGUCCGGUGAAAUGCAGAAACUCAAAGCAGAGGUAUCUACACGUAUAACGUGCGUAAAGAUAGUAAAUUCAGUGGAAUACAUGGUGGCAGCUGGCAGUGCUAACGGUCAAGUUAGCGUUUUUCAAAUUCAAAAGGAGCUGCCACCGGACUUGGACUUGGUUGCACCUUGCACACGCAGCAAACCCAUUGAACGCUAUACGAUUCGGGAUCUGCACCGUUGUGUAGUCAGCUGCUGUGAGUGGUCCAAGAAUGGCAUGAAGUUGUAUUCGGGGGACCGACAAGGCGUUGUUGUCCUCACGGAAUUUGAUUAUCAGACGCAUCAAAGUAAAUCCUUGGAGAUACUCAGUGAAGCUUAUGAGAUUGUACAGCUUAGCGUUUAUCAGAGUUAUUUGUUGGUGGCCACACUUUAUCGCUGCAUCGUCUGUCGACGCGAUGUCCAGACCAAUAAGUGGCAAAUCACUCAAGUUGGCAAAAAGGAUCGCAAACAACUUAUCGACUGCGGUGGAGUAUUCCUAAAACCAUCGACAACGUCAACGACAACAGAUAACGUGCCACAAAUCAUUUGCGGACGACCAGGACUACGUUUUUGGGUAGCCGAUGCCCUUGGAAAUGUUGCCAAGACAAUUAUCUUUAACGAGGCGGUGUUAAAGAAUCCCGCCUGGGAGAUUCCAUUGCUGAAUCCUAAGCAACGCAGCCAUCUAUCAAAUGGCACUGAUGCAGCUGUUGCUAGCGGCAGCAACGAUGCCUUUGUGGCCAGUAGAAACUUUCGUGAAAUUAAUUUAUACGAUGGCCGGGAUGCGCUGCUAGUCACCCAUGACGAUGCCACAUUGUACAUACUUAAUCUGGAACGCUUGAGAGUUGAGGCCUCAGCUAGUGGCUUUCGUAAGAUUUUGGAUUUCUGUGUUUGCGGCAAGGAAAUAUUUGUGCUAGAAGGCGAGCGUUCGUUGCUUCGCUUAGCUCCAAUGCCGGAGCCUCCGAAUAAAACGGCGAAGGUUAUAUUCAAUCCAAUGAUGCCGCCACCGUUGCCAAUGAUGGGUGCUUCACCCUACUCUAAGCUGGAACUAGAAUCACCAGUGGAAAUGGAGCCAACGUUAAAUAGCGCUGAGGAGUGCUUUGAAUUGCCAGCCAUAGAAAAACUGGACUUGAAUGUACCUGUCGAGCUGGCCGUUGAGUCUCCAUUGACCCAGCAAAAUCGUCGCUUGGAAAUCUUUCAGCGGAUCGGUGAGAUGGACUUCGAUCAAUCCAUUUUGCACACCAGCGGCACAACGAGCCACAAGAAGCGUAAAGUUUCGGUGGGCAAACAAAAUGCAGUUGUCGGAGGAAUCGUGGAAAUCGGACAAGAGACACAUGAACGCAGAUUGCCUUUGACCAGUGCGGCAACUCUCAUGGAAGCCAGUUACUGCCAAAUGGAGAACAAUGGAUUGGUUUCUCCAAUGGAUAUGAAAGCCGCGUUCAUACAGCAUCUGCCGGAUGCGUUGACUCCAACCACGUUGCAGAAAACCAUUGCGGAAAAGGCCAAAACAUUGGCAGCCGAAUUGGAUUUACCAGAAGUGCAUUUGGCUCCAGUCAAUGAGGAGGAGCUACGCUCUAAGCUUACGCCACAGACAACUACAUCGUUGAUCAACUGUUAUCCCUCCAGGCUUGAGACGACCAGCGUGCAGACAACGCCACGCAAAAAAGCCGCAAUUGACGAUGCUGAAGAUUACAGUACUGGGCAGCCUGUGGAUGGCAUUUGUGCGAGCACCUCAAAGGCCUCGGUGGCUCCCUUAAAAUUUGUGAAAUCUCAACCAAAGUGCGACGAUCCAUCCAAACAGGAAUACACAAGUUUUCUGCCUGAUUUCCGUUGCGCUGGCGAUCCAUUCAAAAAGGAGGCGGCACCGCCAACAGCUGAUUCGAAUUCAUCUAGUGAAUGGGAAUUCCUGGAUAACUAAACCCAGACCAGUAUUUUAUGUUUAUUUAGUUCAGCAUAGAGUUGAAAGUUUAUAUUAACGCUUACAAGUUUUGCACGUUUAAUUGGUGGUAUUAUUUUUAAUUCGUUCUCUUUUAAUUGGUUUUAAACUAUAGUAUUUUUGAUUCUAUGUUGUGUGCUUCAAAUUGUGAUUAUCAUGUGUUAAUGUUGUUAAAUUAAAGCUUAUUGUACAAAAGA